AUGAUCGAAGCAGCCGAUCGAUUAAAUGAAAUGGCCCAGAAUGCGUUGAAGACUUCGAUCAAUACGAUCAUUCAGAAUUCUUCUAAGGAGAAUAAUACAUGCACGUUGGAGAACUUGCGAGUCCGUCGGAAUUGGAGAGCGUUUACUCCUGCGGAAAAGAAGUCUUACAUCAGAUCCGUUCAGUGUAUGACGAAGGCUCGGGCCAUCACCCCGCUUCAUCUAGCACCUGGAGUGAGGUCUCGAUUCGAUGACUUUGUCGCUGUCCAUAUCAACCAGUCGUAUCACGUUCAUCGCGACGGCCUCUUCUUUGCAUGGCAUCGAUAUUUUAUCUUCGAAUAUGAACAAGCUCUACGGAACGAAUGCAACUACACCGGAGACUACCCAUACUGGAACUGGGCUGCGGACACUGACAGUCUCGAGAAAUCCCAAUUGUUCGAUGGCAGCGAUACCUCUCUCUCAGGAAACGGCGCCCACGUUCCCAACGAACCUCCAAUAGGAGCUCGAAUCCCAGGCCCAUACCCACCACUGUGGCUUCCACCCGGCACAGGAGGCGGCUGCGUCACAAGCGGUCCCUUCAAAAACAUGACUGUGAAUCUUGGUCCAUCCUACCUUGCUGUACCAGGGGACAACAUCACGCGGAUGUCCAACCCGCUAGACUACAAUCCCCGCUGUCUAAAACGAGACCUAACAACGGCCCUCCUGCAAAUGUACGUCAACUACACGUCCAUCGUGAAUCUGAUCACCCACAGCAAAAUCGUCUGGGACCUGGAGGAUAAAAUCCAGGGCCAGGAAGACUCACCCGGGUUACAUGGUGGAGGGCAUUUCGCGAUGGGCGGUGAUCCGGGUCGGGACGCGGAUGCUAGUGCUGGGGAUCCGGCAUUUUAUCAUCAUCACGGGAUGGUGGAUCGUAUUUGGUGGAUCUGGCAGAAUAUGGAUCUGAAGAACCGGGAGUAUGCUCUUUCGGGGACGAGUACAUUUAUGGAUACGCCCAAUUCGGCGAAUGUUACGUUGGACUAUUUGUUGAACGUUGGGUAUGCGAAUGGGAAUCAGGGGUCUGUUGUUUUGAAAAAUUUGAUGAGUACUACUGCUGGGCCGUUUUGUUAUGUUUAUCUGUGA